GGGAGGACCGGUUGAGUUUCCCGAUGCUGCAAAGCUGUCUAGGAAAAAUUCUCAUUCAGUUUAGAGGUCUUCAGAUGCAGUGCCAUUUACGCUGCUUUUUAGCGCGGUCCUGUUUGUGACUGCUUGGAAAAUAGUUAACUCAGUGCUCCCAAAUCAGGAUAGGAUUGCAGCUGAACAGCGCGAGAAGCUGAAGAGACAGAGGAGGGAUCCGGGUCAUAAUGUUUGUUUAAGCCCGAUAUUCUUCCACCUGGUUAAUAGCAUGUUUCAUAGCCUGCAAGCAAUGCAAAACUUUUGGUGGUAAGAGACAAACACAGUAUUCUUUCUAUAUCUCUUGCAAAUAUGCUUUAAUUUAAAACACAAAUUACAUCAGGGGAGUGGUCUCUGUCCUUGUGAUUUUAAAUCCUUUAAAUUCAUCUAACACUGGAUGCUGUAACAUCUUUUACAGUGCUGACAAUUGGGGGCGUUUAAGCAGAAAUAUGCUUUUUUGGAUCUUUAAAGUGUUUAUUUUAAAAAUGCUGAUUUUCCUACAUUCCAUCAAUUUAGCUAGGUUUUCCACCUAUAAACUGUUCCAAAUUUGCUGAUACUAUUGAACUACAUUUCCCAGCAUUACUGGUGAACAUGGGAAGUAGCUCCCAUGUGAUUUUUCAUUCGGAAGAAGUUUUGUUGGACCAAUGAUGCCAUUCCUUUCCCUUCUCCACCCCUUUGGGCUUGGCAGUAAUUGUAAGAUGUUACUGGAGGAGAAAGGGUAAAGCCUGCACAAGCAAGACAAAGGAACUAGGAUACAGUUUCUGUUCAUUUUCCCCACUUUCCUUUCUCAUAAAGUAUCCAGAGCAAAACCAGACAUUCGCUUCUCGAUUUUUAAAGAAGUUGGAUUGAUUGGAUAGGAAUUUUUAAAAGAACGGUUGGAAUGAUUGGAAUGUGCAUUUAGGAAAGCAUCAGGAAAUGAUGUGUGACUGAGUGAAUCCUUCGAUUGCACUUGAAGGAACCGUAUUGUACAUGCUCAUUUUUCCCUAACAGAGCAAUACUUUUGGCUCCCCCCCGCCCCCGCCUGGCAUUUGGCUUGGUUUGUUUCUUAAAAGCAAAGCCUGUAAAUGUUUAGCAUUUGGUUGACCUGCUUGUUGCCUCUGGGGACAAUUGUUCUAGUAGGUGAAUCAGUUGAUGGAGCUCAGCUGAGUCCUGAAAGAAGUUUACUAUGGGGACCUGGACUGAGAGCAGAAGUCGUUCUUCCUGCUCGGUUUUUUUAUAUCCAGGCUGUGGACACUGAAGGGAAGAGAUUUACCACCUCCCCUGGAGAAAAAGAAUUUCAGGUGAAGAUCACAGCACCUGAGGAGCAAUUUACCCGAGUGGGAGUGCAGAUAUUGGACAGGAAAGAUGGUUCCUUCAUUGUGCGAUACAGAAUGUAUGCAAGCUACAAAAACCUGAGGAUUGAGGUUUGGGCAAAAAACAAGCAUGUUGCCAAAUCUCCAUAUAUUUUAAAAGGACCUGUUUAUCAUGAAAACUGUGACUGUCCUCAGGAAGAUGGGAAUGCUUGGCUGGAAUUGAUGAGCUGUCCUCAAGCUAUUCUGCAGAUUCAGAGGGAUCUGGCACAUUUUCCCACCAUCGAUCCAGAUAAUAUUGCCACAGAAAUUCCACAACGGUUUGGGCAGAGGCAAAGUUUGUGCCAUUACACCAUAAAAGACAACAAGAUUUAUAUAAAGACCCACGGUGAACAUGUUGGCUUCAGAAUUUUCAUGGAUGCUCUUCUACUUUCUCUGACUAGAAAAGUGAAAAUGCCAGAUGUAGAGUUUUUUGUGAAUUUGGGAGACUGGCCAUUGGAAAAAAGGAAAUCUUCCCAGGAUGUCCAUCCCAUAUUUUCCUGGUGUGGAUCCAACGAUUCCAGGGAUAUUGUAAUGCCGACUUACGACCUGACAGAUUCUGUGUUGGAAACAAUGGGGCGAGUCAGCCUGGACAUGAUGUCUGUUCAAGCAAAUACUGGGCCACCAUGGGAAGAGAAGAACACUACAGCAAUCUGGAGGGGUCGUGACAGUCGAAAAGAGAGGCUUGAACUUGUGAAAAUGAGCCGAAGGUUCCCAGAAAUCAUCGAUGCGGCCUUUACAAACUUCUUCUUUUUCAAGCAUGAUGAAAGUCUCUAUGGCCCAAUUGUGAAGCAUAUUUCCUUUUUUGAUUUCUUCAAGUAUAAAUACCAAAUUAAUAUUGAUGGCACAGUGGCUGCAUACAGGCUGCCAUACUUGCUAGCAGGAAACAGCUUGGUGCUGAAGCAGGAUUCCAUCUACUAUGAACAUUUUUACAAUGAGCUACAGCCUUGGAAGCACUACGUCCCAUUUAAGAAUGACCUGAGUGAUCUUAUGGAAAAACUCCAGUGGGCGAAAGAUCAUGAUGAAGAGGCAAAGAACAUUGCAAAAGCAGGACAAGAAUUUGCAAGGAAUAACCUUAUGGGAGACCGUAUAUUCUGUUAUUAUUUCCAGCUAUUUCAGGAAUAUGCCAAGCUACAAGUGAGUGAUCCCAAAGUUAGGGAUGGCAUGGAAAAAGUGGUGCAGCCUGAUGAUGACCUCUUUCCCUGUAAUUGCCACCAAAAAAAGGUAAAAGAGGAACUCUGAUGAAAUAGAAGAAAACCCAUGGCUGGAAAUAUUUGCCUAUCAUCUUCUGAGGGUAACAAAAGUUACUAAGAAUGCAGUGGUCUAGAUGCCCUCUCUUGUGCAGUAUUAAUACAACAUUGCUUUUAUAAGCCUUUUUUGUAAAAUAAAUAAAUAAAUAAAUAAAUGUUCUUUCCAUGAA